AUGAAUAUAUCACCAUCGAAACUAAAUUCAAAACCAAAUGAAUUAGAAACUGUUAAUGAAGAAUCAAUUAUAAAAGAUACAAAUACAAAAUCAUUUAUGAAUGAUGGAAUGAAUCAAGAAAGAAAUUCUAGAUUAGAUAUAUUAUCAAAAGCUAAAGGAGUUAAAAGAUUAUCAUUGAUAAAACAUUCAAUCACAGGACAAUCUCAACCACAAACUCCAGCCAGUUGUCCCAAUCGUUCACCAUUAUCCUCUAUUAACACAUCUCUCAAUGGUCCAAUAUCUGCAGUCGAAACAAAUAAAAUAUUGACUUUUCGAGAAGUUGAUCAUCCAACAGGUGUUAUCACUAGUAGUAGGAAGAUCAGUCAAAAUAUUCAAUCAUCAUCAUCCUCACUCACAUCAUUAACAAACACUAGUCGACCACCAUUAUCACUCUUGGGUAUUCUGGCUGCUAAACGAAUCACACGGAAAUUUCUAUCAACAUUGACUGAUGAGAGACAUCAACGACGUCUGAGUACAUUCAGUAGACUAUCCUCUUAUAGUCCAGCAUCAUACAAUUUAAUCAAUUAUCUGCCAACAUUUCAAUUAGGCCCAAAAGAAGUAUUCAAUGUUAGUAAUGUUAAACCUAGAAUAGAACAACUAGUUCAAUCACGUAUUGAAUCACUUCCAUCAACUUAUGAACGUUUUAAAGCUAGUCGAUUAUGUAUUUCAUUGACCAAUGAAAUUAAAGCAAUGCUCAAAGCUCAUGGAGAAGAACGAUAUCGUUAUUUAGUAUUUUGUUUAGUAAUGCAAAAUUGUAAACAAAUGGCCGGAUUCACUAAUCGUGUCUUAUGGGAUAUGAAUUAUGAUCGGUCAUUCUAUGUGAAUCAAAUAAAUACAUCGUAUUGUAUAUCGGUGAAUUGUUUUAUUGUGUACAAAGAAUAA